AUUUAUCCUACAUGCAAUGAGCAGCCUCUAGCUUCCGUUUCAAUCCGACCUCGCCAUCCAGACUGUGGUCUGUAUGAAAAAGCUCAUGUCUAAGACCAAUCAACCAUGGCAUGGGCCAAUCAGACGCGCCAGAUGGUUUGCGACGGACGACGACGACAAUGACGACCUGCAGCUGGUGGUUUUGUCCGCAUUUUCCCAUCCUUGGCCUGACAUGACGCCCUCUCCCCCAUUUGUGCCUCAUGUUAGCUCACCAGGGUUUCGGGCAUCGGACUGGGAUUGUGGCUCUGGAAUGCUCACGCGUGGUCACUCUCCCAAAGCUGUGCUUAUUCGAGGCGAGAAACUGAUCUACCCACAGUACUUCGUACGGUCCACGAGGUCCCUUUCGACGACCAGAUCAUUAUGCAUAACGAGUGGAGUCUGUCUCAAAGUUAUCAGUGGACUUUAUGCUUGCGUGUGUGAUAUUUGAGCGAGUGCUCUCUUUCCUUGUCCGCUCAUCCAAGAUCAAAGUGGUCUUGUCUUGUCAUGUCUUUCGAGGCCACAAGUGUGCUUGCUGGUUUGCAGCCCGAGCACAAGGAUACUGACUGGUGUCUCAUCCAUGCUCUCUGUUUGCCCAUCAUUUGAUCGUCAAGACUGCAUUGUGAGCCUUGCAGCUGGCUGCCCUGACAGCCUGGAGCCUGCAUUCUGGGUUCUAGAUAUGGCUGCCCUCCUUUCCGGGCCACCUUAUUUCUCUGCCUGUGUGGGAUGCCUCAGAUGCUGGCUGCAGGUGGGAGCUCUUGAUAUCGAUGCCUUCCUACAGCAGCCAGGACAACGUCAACUUCCUAUAUGUCACACAGGUCCACAGCCGCAAGAAAAGGCGCCGCCCAUCAUUCUGGGGCUGCAGACCUCGCAAAUCAAGCUCGUCAGCCAGAGACCGCCGUCCCAGAGACAACAAGCCUGAGGAGCCCAUCGAACCGUCUUCGAGAUCCGAGGCAUCACAAGCACCAGCACCAGCACCGAGCCCUCGCCCACCAGCCAGACAGGCCCGCCACAGCCCAGCUCCGCCCAGCCCACGCAGUCUCGCUGUGGAAUUCCACAAAAUGGACGGCCGUUCUCCCAUCAUCCAAGACGACUUCUACUCGCCAGAGGCCCCAUCCUCGGCGCGAGCCCGGUCUCCGCCACCCGUCACACAGCCCUUCCGCACCCUCGUUGCUUCCGUCAAGCGCUGCCCCUGGGCUCCAGCUUCGGGCCUUGGUCGGCGCGGCCAGUAUGCCUCGGACGAUUUCUACUACCCGCCCGUGCCGCGCAGCCUGCUCCACGAUACGGCCGUCUCCUUCGUGGUCAAGGACCACACCCGACCGGACCUUCCCGAGUUCGUCAUCUCGUGCCCCUUCGAGAACGUCGAUCUUGUCCACCAGCUGCUCGCACCGGAUGGCUCGGGUCGCCAGCUCACCGCCAGGGGGACGAGCGGCCAGCCGCGCAGCGGUGACCAGCUGAGGAGCAUGUUGCUCGACGGCACGCCGAGCAUCGAGUUGGCACUGCACGCCGACCCACGCGACCGUCUCGGCGCAUCCCUCACCCGUCACAGAGAUCGCCCAGGUGAUGACGGAAUUGCCGAGGGACGCAUGGCCCGCUUUGUCGACAGCCCCGUCACCCCAAGGCGUGACGACGCGAACACCAGGGCACAGCGAUGGGGUGGUGGAGACACCAACAAUGGUCGGAGGCAGCACACGUCGUUGAUGUAUCAGCCGGCUAGCCGUUCGCGAACCCCAGUAGCCACCGGCUACGACUCCUUCAUCACGGGAGACGAGCCCGACGUCGAGCAGCCGAGGACGAGCGGGGCUCCAGCAUCGCCGCUAUGGAUAGCCACGCCCCUGCGAGCACCAUCCACGCCUGCGUCGUCUUCGCCACCUCCGUCAGGUGGUUCUGAACACAGCGGUACGGCGUUGUUGCACACAACCCCAAGCCCUUUGCACUUCCAGGCGACCGUCGAGAGUGCCCCUCCUACCCCGUCCACGGGCCCACUGAAGGCAGGUCGAGAUGAGCCAGCAGUGACUUCACCUGAGGAGGAGCGAGAGGAGGAAAGAGCUGAAAAUCAGUUGGAAGAGGGUGGAGACACGAGGCAGGAGGGCAUGGGUGGCAACAUCACAGAACCCCCGGCGCUGGUGUACGUAGAGCCUGCUCCUGGGCAGUUGGAACGCGGAGUGCCACUGACUGGAUGGCUGUGUGAUCCUGCGUGGCUUCGGCAGAGGCUCAGGCACUUGACUAUGGGAAACACUGAAGGGAAUUAG